UCGUAGCCCUGUCGGCGAGUGCGCAGAGAACUGGAAAUCCCUCUGCAGAUUCCGUAUGAGAUUAUGUACCCGGGGAUAGUUUCUUGGGAAAAGUUCUCGGAUGCUUCGGUUCAGGGUCGGCUUUACGUGGGGCAUCAUCUCUCUCUUCAUUUUCUCGAACCAGUUCCAAUUCCGACUACCUUCCCCCUUUUUAGUCAUCACCCAACCAUCCAUAUUCCGUUGGCUGCAAAAGAAUCCGAGGCUUUUGGGCAGAUCACCUCUUCUCCAAUUUCUGAUAUUUUUAGUGAAGAUUAUGUCUGUUGGAAUGGGACGGAUGAAGGGAAUUCUUCUGUUGUUGGUUUGCGCUGCCAGUCUUCGGCCUGCUUUCGCAAGCACUAAUCCAUCAGAUGUUGCUGCUCUCCGAUCUCUUGCGAAUCAAUGGAAGAACACACCACCAAACUGGGGGCAGUCAGAUGAUCCCUGUGGUACACCUUGGGAAGGAGUAACUUGCAACAAUUCGAGGGUGACUGUCCUGAAGCUAUUCAGCAUGGGGCUUGAAGGUACAUUAAGCAGUGAUAUACAAAACCUCACGCAAUUGCAAAUUCUGGACCUCUCUUACAACCGAAAACUUGGUGGUACACUCCCACGAGCUAUCGGAAAUUUGACGCAGCUGACUAGCUUGAUCUUGGUCCAUUGCAGCUUCAACGGUAGCAUCCCAGAAGAAUUAGGCAACCUAUCAGAGCUCACAUUCUUGGCUCUGAACUUAAACGAGUUCACCGGCGAGAUACCUGCCUCCCUGGGGAGGCUCUCCAAGCUCAACUAUCUGGACCUGGCAGAGAAUCAUUUAGUAGGAUCUCUUCCAGUAGGCUUGAAUCAGCUUCUCAACGCACAGCACUUCCAUUUCAACGGGAAUAAUUUGUCAGGUGAAAUCCCCAAAAAUCUUUUCAACUCCAAUAUGAGUUUAAUACAUAUACUGUUUAAUAGUAAUCAAUUGAAAGGGACAAUUCCAGAGUCCAUAGGAUUGGUGCACACGCUUAAUGCUCUUCGUCUCGAUAAGAACGGUCUGAGCGGCCAAGUUCCUUCCAACAUUACCAAUCUUAAAAACCUCAACUUACUGAAUUUAGCAAAUAAUGAUCUAAGUGGACAAAUGCCGAAUCUAACUGGGAUGGAUGCUCUCAACUAUGUGGAUUUAAGCAACAACUCGUUUGUUCCUUCAGAAGCUCCAGCAUGGUUCUCAAGUUUAGAAAAUCUCACAACUCUUGUUGUAGAAUCCGGUAGGCUUCAAGGGCGAGUGCCGCAGGAGCUAUUCAGCUUUCCUCGUCUACAGGAAGUAACACUGAAAAACAAUAGUUUUAAUGGUACCCUCGACUUGGGCAACAACAUCAGCAAGAACCUACAGGUGGUGGAUUUCCAAAAUAACGAUCUUGCCUCUGUCACACUGUCUUACAACUAUAAUCAGAGUCUUAUACUUGUAGGAAAUCCUGUGUGCCGCAAUGUUGAGCUUGCAGUCACAACCUACUGCCGACCUGUGCAACUUCAGGAGAAGGGGAAAAAUGUCUCCAAUCAAGUCGAUUGCUCCCAGCCAUAUGAAGGAAAUAUGGUUUUCAGAGCACCUUACUUUCAUGACAUGGAAGGCUAUAAAAAAUUACUGGAGAACAGCUUAUCAGACCGACUUAACAGUAUUUCUGCUGCAGUUAAUUUCACUCUUCAGAAUUCCUUUGAUAAUGGAAAUGGUUAUCUGCUGGUGCAGCUGAAAGUUUGCCCUUUAAGUGGAACGUACUUUAACAGGACAGAGAUAUUGCUUUGGCUUGAUCUAAGCAGCGAAUCUUAUAGCACCCCUGAAAUAUAUGGACCAUUCUAUUUCAAUGCCGAUCCAUACCAAUUCGAAACCAGAGGAAACCCACUGAACAGCGGCUUGAUCAUUGGAGCGACAGUUGGCUGUGUCCUCAUGAUCCUUGGACUUGUCAUGGUGGGGAUCUAUGCCUUGCGACAAAGGAAGCAAGCUCAAAGAGCCAUUGCUCUAACCAAUCCUUUUGCAUCAUGGGUAUCCACUGGUGAAGAUGAUGGAGGUGCACCGCAGCUAAAGGGAGCAAAAUGCUUUAGUUUUGAUGAACUCCGGAAGUACACUAAUAAUUUCCUGGAAAUUAAUGCUAUUGGUUCAGGAGGCUAUGGCAAGGUCUACAGAGGAAUGCUUCCAGAUGGGCAGAUUGUUGCAAUCAAGAGAUCGAAACAAGGUUCCACACAAGGAGGAAUGGAGUUCAAGAAUGAGAUAGAGUUGCUCUCCAGGGUUCAUCACAAAAACCUAGUAGGACUUGUUGGCUUUUGCUUCGAGAAAGGGGAGAAGAUGCUGGUAUAUGAAUAUAUCUCUAACGGAUCACUAAUGGAGAGCUUGUCUGGAAAGAGUGGCAUACAAUUGGACUGGAAGAGGAGGCUUAGGAUUGCUUUUGAUUCAGCUAGAGGAUUAGCUUAUCUUCACGAACUUGCUAAUCCGCCAAUAAUACACAGAGAUGUGAAGUCGGCCAAUAUUCUUUUGGAUGAAAAUUUAACAGCAAAGGUUGCAGACUUUGGUCUUUCAAAGUGGGUAUCAGACAGUGAACAAGGUUAUGUUUCUACUCAUGUUAAGGGAACACUAGGUUAUCUGGAUCCCGAGUAUUACAUGACACACCAGCUGACUGGAAAGAGUGAUGUUUACAGUUUCGGUGUGGUAAUGCUGGAGCUAAUAUCUGCUCGGCCGCCAAUACAUAAUGGCAAGUAUGUUGUUCGAGAGGUGAAGAUGGCAAUCGAUAAGAAUGACAAAGAGUACUAUGGUCUGAAGGAGAUAAUGGAUCCUGUCAUCCGAAAUACAGGUUAUCUGGCUGGUUUUCAGAGGUUUGUAGAUUUGGCCUUGCAAUGCCUUCAAGAUGAAGCUGUACGUCGUCCGACAAUGAGUGAUGUUGCGAAGGAAAUCGAGACAAUUCUGCGUAAUGAUGGACUGAUGACCACCUCAACUUCAGCAUCUUCGUCUGCAAUUGACUUGGGAAAUUCCAAUGGCGCUUUUCAAUUUUUCUGGGGCGAUCUGCUUCCUAGAAAGGAUACAAGCAGCAGUAUAAGUGGCAAUGCUUUUGAAUACAGCGGUGGAUACUCGCUCUCAGAAAGGCCUCAACCCAAGUAGCUUUUAUAAUUUCUUCCACAACAAACAUUCCAAGGCUAAGGGAGUUGAUUAAAAAAAUAAAAAAAAAAAAUGAAAGACAAUAUGCUUUUGGUGACUCAAUCUCUAAGUGAGAAUUGAGAAUGUAUAUCAUUAUAUUUAUAAUAAUGAUACAUGAUUGUAUAUAUCAUCAA